AAAUCUUUCCCAAAGAUCAAUUAUGGGUGGUUUUAGAAUCUUCCUUUUGUGGUGUACCCCUUGAGGAUAAUAUUCCCCCCUGUCCCUGUGCCAGAGUCUCCCUUCUGCUGCAAGUGGGAUUUUCUCUAGCAGUAGCAGAACGAGAAUUAAAGUUCGAGCACAGAGACCUACAUUGGGGGAAUGUUUUGCUCAAUGAAAAUUAUAUAUUCCCUCUUGCAAAUAAGUCGACAAUGUCGUCGACGUUGUUAUCCUCUUCUUCUUCCGCCUCCUCCUCCUCCUCCCGCUCCAUCUCCUUGUGUACAUCCUCAAGAAAUUCUUGCAAAUAUUGUUCUUAUCUGGACAAUAUGGAUGGAGUGGAACAAGAAGAAGGAUCUGAUAAGGAAAAUAAGAGACAUGUCAUUAAUGAAGAAGAACAAGAAGACGCUGAUGACAAAGAAUUGCACAUUAAUAAUAAUAAUAAAUACGUACAAUUUCGUCUGAAUGAUCAGGCGAUCAGUGUUCCGAAAUGCGGUUGCACAGUAUACCUCAUAGACUUUACCAUGUCUCGUUUAGAACAAG